CCUGCUUUCAGGACUUGUUUAACCAGCAGAGAGUGAAGGAGCAGCAGAAAGGUGUGUCACUUUCACACAGCAGUCAUGAAUGAGUCCUUUGAAAAAGCCGUAGAGGAGGUGAAGAAUCUGAAACAGAAACCAGGCUACGGCGAUCUGGGGGAGCUUUACGGUUUAUAUAAACAAGCCACAGUCGGAGAUGUUAACAUAGGUCGUCCGUCGAUAUUUGACCUCGCAGGACGGGGGAAAUGGGAUGCAUGGGAACGAAGAAAAGGCCUGAGCAAAGAAGAGGCGAUGGUGGCAUAUAUCGAAUUGGUGGAGGACCUGAAGAUCAAAUAUGGGAUCUAGAGUCUCACACCUUCUGUAUUAUUUCCAACAUCACAUUUCUCACUUUGUUCAAUAGACAACACAUUGGACUUCAUGUAGAACAGAUAUCACCUGCUGCUGUACGCUUUGCUAUUUAACUCCUGCGUUAGACCAAAUGUAAAACACUGGAGAAUGUUCUGAUUGCUCUUAAUGAAGCGAUGGGUCAGCAUGUGAUCAGUUUUAUCGCCUUCUGUUUCGAUUGCUAUUCUUUUGAAGUGCAAACACAAUGUACAUUUUCAUAUCAAAAUGUUAAAAUAAAAAGCAUUGGUUCACAAGA